GAGGCAUUAUUCCCAUGUGUCACCUUCACUAUGUUGGACGUACCUACUCAUCUCCUCCAAACUCUAAGUAUCAACACCAACAUCACCUACGAUCUGGAUAUGUCCAAGUUCCCAGGUCUGGAUGACCCACAACAUAUGUACCAGCCUGCUCUGUUGAUAGCCACUGACUGGAGCGACUACGUCUACCAUGACGCACCGUGUGUCACACAUGACGCAAACAGUGUUUCAAGUUCCCAUGAAUCGGACGGUGUCUUAGAAAGCGAUUUAUACUCUCUUAUAGAAUCAACUGAUGCCUUGCUGACAGACCAAGGUUUCGCUGUCGACGACAUUACUAUGCAGACACUCCUCGAUGACGUCCUUGCAGAUUCAGUGAUACCAAGUGACAUAUUUGGAUUAAUUGACUUGGAUACUGACAGUCAAAGUUCCUUGUCAACAAGUGAUUCUCCACAAACAGACCAUACAACCCCCAACAUUGGAUUAACCUGUUCCCCGGACAUGGAAGAAUUACUCCCUGUUAGAACUUGCGGUAGAGGUCAAAAGCGACGUCUCUCCGAUGACGCCUGUUACCCGGAUGUUGAAAAAAGAUCAAAGAUGAUGGAGUCAUUCACGCAAGCGUUACCUUAUUUGGUAGUGAAUUUGUGCCACGAAUCCAAGAAUGGUGGAAUUGGCAGAGAGUCAUAGACUUACAAUCACAAGUGACAAACCAGUUCCAUUAUCAUAAGAUCAAUGCUGAGUCCCUGAUGCUGUACCGACUAUCAGUAUAUCAUAAGCAUGUGUUAAUGAAUCACUAUCAAAUAGUGCUGUGAAAUGCGAACACCCAGUAUUGUAUUGCACGCGGAACAGUCAGUAUAGUAUUAAUGCGAACAAUGACUAUUAGUACAUCAUUAGCAUGUGUUUAUGAAUCACUAUCAAAUAGUGACGUGAAAUGCGAACACCCAGUGUUGUAUUGCAUGCGGACAAGGAUGAAUGAAGCAUUCAGAUAGAUGAAGCCAUGUAGCUUCUUGUGCAAUACCCAAAAGGGAUUUUUUAGAGAUGUUAUUUACAUAAUACGAGGACUU